AUGUCGAGCAAAAAAAGAAAGUGGUCGGACGAAUAUGUACAAUAUGGAUUCACAUGUAUAACGGAACGUGAUGGGAGUCAACGUCCUAACUACAUGAUUUGCAAUGCCAAGUUGAGCAAUUCUAGUCUAGCACCGGCAAAACUAAGAGAACACUUCCUUACGCUGCAUGGAGAUGGACAAUACAAGAACACAACGCUCGCUGAAUUCAAGGUGAAGAGAGCCAGAUUCGAUGAAAAGGCUACUCUGCCUGUUCUCGGCUUUGUACCCAUCAACAAACCGAUCCUCACAGCAUCGUACGAAGUUGCUUACCUGAUCGCAAAGCAGGGCAAACCACACACCAUUGGUGAAACACUCAUAAAACCAACUGUGUUGAAGAUGGCGAAUAUCAUGCUGGGAAAAGCGACUGAAGUUAAGUUAUCCCAAAUUCCUCUUUCAAAUGACACCAUUAGCGACAGAAUAGAGGACAUGAGCAAAGAAAUUUUGGCUCAAGUAGUUGCAGAUCUGAUUUCAAGCCCGGCAAAAUUCAGCCUUCAACUCGACGAGACCACAGACGUUUCCAAUCUAAGCCAGCUUGCUGUAUUUGUGCGCUAUGUGAAAGACGACGUGAUAAAGGAAGAUUUUUUAUUUUGUAAGCCUCUUACGACAACAACUAAGGCAGCCGAUGUGAAGAAACUUGUGGAUGACUUCAAAGACAACAAUCUUUCGUGGGAUAUGGUUUCUGCAGUUUGUUCGGACGGAGCUCCAGUCAUGCUGGGAAGAAAGUCUGGUUUUGGUGCGCUAGUGAAAGCCGAUGCACCACACAUCAUUGUUACGCAUUGUAUUCUGCACAGGCAUGCGUUGGCAACAAAAACCUUGCCUCCAAAACUGGCAGAAGUAUUAAAAAUUGUAGUGGAAUGCGUGAACUAUGUGCGAAAUAGUGCUCUGAGGCACUGCAUCUUCAGUGAGCUGUGUAAAGAAAUGGGCUCUGAAUUCGAGGUACUUCUGUACCAUUCUAACGUUCGGUGGUUAUCCCGGGGACAGGUGCUAAAUCGUGUUUUUGCCGUGCGUGUGGAAUUAGCCCUGUUUUUGCAAGAGCACCAACAUAGUCAUGCAGAUUGCUUAAAAAAUUCUGAGUUCAUUCUCAUUUUAGCGUACAUGGCUGAUAUCUUCGCAGCUCUCAAUCAUCUCAAUCAACAGAUGCAGGGCGGUGGAGUCAACAUCAUCGAAGCGGAAGAAAACCUGAAGGCUUUUCAAAAAAAGCUACCGUUAUGGAAACGACGAACAGAGAACGAUAACUUCGCAAACUUUCCCCUGCUGGACGACUGUGUAAGUAAGAUCGAAGAUGUAUCUGGAAUCGGAGACAUUUCUGUACCCGCGGAACUGAAGCAAGCAAUUGCCACGCACUUAGAUGAGCUUGCAAAGUCUCUCGACGGAUACUUUCCUACAAGAGAGUCAUAUCCAGCAUGGGUGAGACAGCCGUUCACGUUUAGUGUUGAGACAACAGAUGUCAAUGAUGAAUACCUCGAUGAAAUCAUUGAAAUUCAGCAGAGCCAGGUUCAACAGCAACUCUUCAGAACAACAACGCUCUCAACGUUUUGGUGUCAACAAAUGGUAACGUACCCUGUUAUUGCUAAGAAAGCUCUGGAGAUUUUCAUACCGUUUGUUACAACAUAUCUUUGCAAGCAAUCCUUUUCGAGGAUGCUGGACAUAAAAACGAAGAAAAGGAACAGACUUUGUUGCGAAAAUGACAUGAGAGUGGCACUUGCCAAGGUGAAGCCGCGCAUUUCUGAACUGGUCUCUGAAAGGCAACAGCAGAAGUCACGCUGA